AUGCUUCUUUCACUGAUUCUUCUGUUUACUUGCAUCCCAGCUUAUGCAAGCACUUCAUUUACUUGCUCCAAGAAUACUACUUAUCUUCGAGUCGAGCUACCAACCAAGUGGACAAGUGGCUCCAUCAAUUGUUUCCAUCCUAGAGCGAGAGAACCUGAUGUGGAUGUAUUUGCUGUGAAUAAUGAUACAUUUAUACUUCGUGAAAAUAAGUGCAUUAAUUAUGAAGCUCCAUUCAUGUACCUUCUCUUUGGAACAAAAAACGUUUUACUUAUCGAUAGUGGUGCAACCGUCUCGUCGACUUCAUUUCCCAUUCGACAACAUGUUGAAGCUAUUGUUAAUCACUGGUGUAAUAACAAAAAGAAACAUCGUGAAGAUCUGGAGUUAGUCGUUGCUCAUACUCACAAUCAUCUUGAUCAUAUUGCCGGUGAUAGACAAUUUCAAGGUCAAUAUUUUACCACAGUUGUAGGUGCAACCGUAGCAAAUGUAAGUUACUUUUUCAAACUAUCAAAAUGGCCAUCUUCGAUUGGUACUUUUGCUCUCGACGAUCAGCGUCAAUUAGCUAUCAUACCUAUACCAGGCCAUGAAAAUGCUUCGAUAGCCUUUUACGAUUGUGCGACUGGAUUGUUGUUUACAGGUGAUUCACUGUUACCAGGACGUUUAUAUAUCUCAAACUUUUCGGCUAAUGUCGAUUCUACUCAACGUCUAUUGUAUUUCAUUGAGUCAAAUAAUCUCAAUGUAAGUGCUAUACUCGGCGCACAUAUUGAAAUGACUCAAACAGAUAAAGUCGAUUAUCCAAUCGGAGCUACCUACCAACCAAAAGAGCGCCUACUCAAUUUGUCAUUAGAUCAUUUGCAUCAACUCAAUGCUGAAUUACAAGAACAAUGGAAAGCAGGAUUCAAUCAACGACAUAAAGCCUAUUAUGAUGCAUUUAUUGUCGAUCCUAAUCCAUCUCAGUUACCUCCGUUUUCAUUCAACGGGCGGACGGCCGAACAUGGGUUCAUAUUGUUACCGUUGAGUACCUUAGGUCUCGUUUGGAUUUCUCACAAACCUAUGUUUCGUACACCACAUGACUUCCAACUAGUGUUUAUGGCACGGGUGACGCAUCCAAAUGUAAAUUCUCUACUCUUACCGACAAAUACGAGUAUUCUUCAGAAUCAGUGGACCAUCCUGCCAGAUUUAUGGUCAUUGAAUAAUUUACUCAAUGGCAAUAUGACAAUAUUUUCCGCUCGAUUCUUUCGUGGUAAUUUUGAACAAAAUGGGCAAUACAUUAAAUUUAUUGUUGAUUUUUACCAUGAACUUAUGCAACAACAAAGUCAAAGUGUAACAAUGGAUCAAGAUAGAGAUUGUCCCCAGUUGGUUGGCAAUAAACUAGAACAUGAAGUACACGUUGGCAUAUUACCAUCAAACUAUUGUGCACUCACUUGUUUCCAUCAUCAAAUCCUACUUAAUGAAUGA